AUGAAUUCCGACACAUUUUCAGCAGGUAGUAGGGAAAACUUGGCCGCUAACAAAAAAGACCACACAAAACACAACAGGCUACGGCUAGAUAUUGCGGGACCAGCCUCCUGCCCAGACUUCGGGAGAAAGGAAGUAUAUCAUUGUGAGGGUUCGAUCAAAAUGGGAAAGGUCAAGCUUCUGAGAGAUUUCUAUGAGAGUGUCUUCCUCAAUGAGAGUAGAAAGGUAAGAGAGACACUUUACAAACUGAGCCCAAGCGUUAAAGAAAGAGUAAGGAUGCUAGAAAACAUCAUAGUCGGACAAGCAGUUUAA